UACACGUGCAACGCCGCAGAGUGAACGUCGCAGAGAGAAAUCGACAAACACUAUAGUGAUUCUUGAGAAUAGAGUAAAUUGUAUUAAUUAUAAGUGAUCUUGUAUUUUCGUGCGUGUGUGUAUAAAGAUGUGCGACGAUGAUUACAACAAAUUUUUUAUUGAUUUUUCCAAUUUCGAUUGCUUCAAUGAAAACUUCGAUUCCGAAGCAGGCCAAGAAAAAUUAGAAAGAUUGAAGAGCAUGCGAGAACAAGUCAAUUGGAAGAUUGAAAGAGAACGACAUGAAUUUUAUAGGCAACUUUGCGGCUUAAUCAGUGAUUGGAAGGGCCAACUUCCAGAUCUCCGAGAAAUCUUUGCACGGGAAGAAAUUGAGUGGUUGCUCACGAGGUCCGUGGACGUCCGUUCUACCGAGUUUAUCAGGUUUGUGAUAAGGACAGGAUACAAAGACGAGCCCGAUCUCGAUGACGAUGGCAAGCCACUGUUGUGUCGCGUCACACCACUACAUAAUGCAGUUAGAUACCCCCUUAACACCAGACGUCUCGGAUUCUUGGUUCGUGCGCUUUUUAUAAUUUAUGACAGAUUUGAUGUCAACUACACCACCGAGUCCGGCCUGAGUCAUUUUCAUGUGGCCUGCAUCACUGGCCUCGAACCCAUAGUCAAAAAAUUCUUCAAGUUCGGGCAGGACAAUAAGUGCCUCGUGCAAGAAACGGGUAUCUCGCCGCUACAUUUGGCUGUGUGCCAUGGCCACAAGAAGGUAGCCAGAUGGCUGUUGAGCUGUGUCAACGAGACGGGAUCGACUUCUUUGCAUCUUCCUUGCCAUAGGCCCGAUAACGACUCGGCGAAUGCGUUAUUAGAGUCGAGUUACAAAAAAUAUCAGCUGGUGCACAUCAAUGCUCAAGACAAAUCGGGUCGAACCCCAUUGCACUGGGCUCUGCACAAAGACGCUAAAAAUAUGGUCGAAUGGUUGCUUAGAAAAGGCGCCGAUCCGAAUUUGCCCGAUAAGAAUGGAUCGACUCCUCUUCACGUGAUAUGUAAAAGAAUUUGUUUCAUGUGGUCGAUGACAGACAUAAAAAAUUAUGACUGGGUGGAAAAUACGGUACAAAGUGGGAUUCGGUGGAAAAUAUCGCGAGAAGAAGUGGAACAUGAUAAAAUAAUGGAGUUAUUUUUACAAAAAAUCGACGAAAUGCAGCUGACAGUAAAAUUGGAUGCCGUGGACCACAAGGGUAGUACACCAAUAUAUUAUGCUCUUAGAUUUGGUAAACAUCGAAUUGUUGAGGUGCUAUUACGAAGAGGCGUGGAUGUGAAUUUAGCCAACGAAGAAGGAUUGACACCUUUGCACCUCAUUUGUAGUUUCAAUGUCCACUUUCUGGAGACAUUGUUCCAGAUCAACGACGAGAUUCAGCAGACGGUGCAGGUCAAUGCCGUGGACAACAAUGGUAAAACACCAUUACAUUAUGCUGUGAUCAGAGGUAGCAAACAAAUUGCCGAAGCACUGCUGAGAAGAGGCGCGGAUCCGACUUUGGUUACCGCAAAUGGCUCGUCACUUCUACACUUUUUUUGUCAGAGCCGAUACAACGCUGAAUUGGAGGAAUUACUCUUCAACGAUGAUAAGCAGCAAAUGGUACAGAUCGAUGCAAAGGACAAGUUGGGUAAUACGCCAUUGCACUUGGCUGCAGCCAACUUCGAAGAUACGCGACAAAUCGAAUAUCUGCUGAGAAGGGGCGCCAAUCCGAACAUAGCUAACGCAGAGGGAUUGACCCCGCUGCAUAUUAUUUGUUGCGGAAAGUUGGAUGAUGACAGAAUAAAGUUAUUUUUCAAAAUUACCGACGAUAUCCAGCAGGUGGUGCAGGUCGAUGCCCGAGAUAAGUUGGGCCGUACACCACUUCAAUGCGCUGUGGCGAGCCUUUGGCCGAAUACUGUUCAAGUUCUCUUGGAUCGUGGUGCUGAUCUGUCUAUCUUCGUUUUUCCCACUAUGGAGCAUUUUGACGAGACAUUUUGCAAAGAAUAUUCCUACAAUGAUAAAUUGAAAUUAGCAUCUGGUGCUCUAGCAGUCGUGGAAUGUCUUGAGAAUGGAGGAUAUGAUCUGAAACGUAGCGACACCUUGCCAAUCAUUGAAUUUUUCAUCAAGUACGAAUUGUUCGAAAAUUCGUCGGAUCUUGAAAAAUCUUUUUACAGUGAAGAAGAGUUCACGAGCGCAGCAAAAGAAAUAACGAUCAUUCCUAAUUUGUCGCUUUACGAUUUAGUGCAGUUACGGCCCGAAGAGGAGGAAAAACUGCUCACAUACAUGGAUUACUUCAAGAUCGAGUCAUAUCACUACUGGAAUCUAAUCCGCAUAAAUUAUUGGUAUAUGUGCGUGGGGCACCUAUGUGAAAAAAUGUCGAGAGGAUAUUUUCAAAGGUUAGCACUGGAUCCUUUACGGGAGUUGACGCGUGACCGGUUCCCAAUUCUCUGCUACGAAGAAAUCAUCCAGAAGCUGAAGAACGAGGAUUUGUUAAGAAUAUGCCAGGCAGCAGAAAUCCUGGCAAAAGAAAAGGAAGCCAAAACAUGUGAAACCGUUUACAAAGGCGAAGAAAUUGAGAAACCAUAAAUUUGUCACCUCUAUGUCCAAUUGUGAACUAUUUUUUUACUGUGCAAGAUUUACAUUAUAAAAC